AUGUUGAGUGGUGGUGUUGAAGAUGAUGAAGAUAUAGUGGAAGAGAAAGGGAAAAUGGAAAGAAGAGGGGUGGAAGGAUGGUCGGGGUGUAGGGUUGAUUGGUUGGAGCCAGAAGGCCCAGAAACGCCACUUGCCCUUUUGACCAGUGGUUGCAUCACAAAAAGCUCUCUAUUGGUCUGUAAUCGUGAUAAUCACGCACACCCACCUCUGACCUCUCUCACAAAAUUAUCACCGCCACCGUCCAUCGCCACCAUGGAAGAAAAAGAACACAAGCAAAACAAGAAAAAGAAGCAAAAACACCACCACUCAAACUCAGAUUUCUCUUUUAAACCCUCUUCUCAUGUCAAAGGUCUCCGUUUCGGCGGCCAAUUCAUAGUCAAAUCCUUCACCGUCCGCCGUGCCAGACACCUCGAACUCCUCCGUCUCCUCUCCCUACCACCAAUCACCACCCAACAUAAACCGUCACCCACUUUCCUCUCCACCGCCGCUUUCCUCCCCUCAACCUUCACCAUCUUAGCCCACCAUGCCUGGCACACGCUCACCCUCGGCCUCGGCACCAAGAAGUCGAAGGUGGUCCUUUUUGUCUUCGAAUCGGAAAACAUGAAGGUGGCGGUGGACCGGAUGUGGCCGGCGGAGAUACCGUUAGGGGAAGUGAACCGGAAGCUGAUCAAGGGUCUGGCCGGUUGUGAAAUGGCCCGGUUCAAGUUCAGGAAAGGUUGCAUAACCUUUUAUGUGUAUGCAGUGAGAAAAAUUGGGAACAAGGGGUUUUCAUGUGGUGAUGAUCUGAGGGUAAUUUUGGAAAUUGUGGUGUCUUUGAAUGAUUUUUUGGAUCAUACUGCAAUGCUUGCUAUGCCUAACCAAAGAAGCAUUGGCUUUGCUCAUCCUAUUGCCAUGGUUAAUUCUGUUGCCAUGGCUAAUUAG